AUGGACCUAUGGCAUGACCAAGCAAAGCCGAUGCUUAGGGAGUAGCAGUAGUACCACCGACGAGCUGGCAAGUUUCACAACUUCCUUUAUCUUAUUUACUACUGAAAGGGAGAUGCUGGAAAGCCAAUAUAUGAUCAAGGAUGCGGUGCUUGAUUCUGGAAGCUCGCCAUUCUACAAGGCCUAUGGAGUGAACUUUUUUGACUACAUGGGAGAGAAGCCAAGAUUGAGACAACUGUUCGAUGAGUUUAUGGAAGUUAGCGGUAAAUUACAGUUUGAGGAUGUGUUUAAGUUGUACGGUGGCUUCAAAGAUUUGAAGGAGUUGAUGCAUGUGGGGGGCGGCAUUGGAACCACUCAUCCAAAGAUAACCUCUACGUAUCCACACGUUCGUGGAUUGAACUUUGAUCUGCCCCAUGUAAUUGAUGCUGCUCCCAGGUGUAAAGCAUGUGGCUGGAGAUAUGUUCAAAUCGAUCCCAAAUGCCCAAACAAUUUUAUUGCAGCAGUGUAUACUCCAUAACUGGGAUGAUGAGCAUUGCAAGAAGUUGUUGAGAAAUUGCUGGGAAGCAUUACCACAAGAGGGAAAGGUGAUAAUCGUGGAAAUGGCAAUCUCUGAAGAAUUGGAAAACAAUGUCGAGGCAAAGGACAUUCUAAUGGAAGACUUCUUUAUGAUGCUCCUAACAAAUGGAGGUAAAAAGCGAACACUAGCAGAAUUCAAGGAUCUGGGAAAAGCUGUAGGGUUUACUAAAGUGGACAUCUUCCCAAUGCCUCAUUGGUCAGUUCAUGUUAUAGAGUUUCAUAAGUAAUUAAGAGUACUCAUGUGUGAGUUCCAAUUUGCCAGAAUAAAACAAAAUGGUUGAGAAUAAAAUUUAAAGCAAUGCAGAGCAAACAAAAACAAAAGGAAGACCUAGUGUACCUUAAUUUCGUGUUUUAAUUUCUUUAUAAUUAAAAAUUUAACUUUCUGUUGCUUUGUA